AUGAAUGAGUGGAAUAUCAUCUCAGAAGACCUCAACACUCUUCCAGGACCACCAAUUCCCAGACUUAUUUGUCCAUAUCGUCCAGCUACCACCCAACUACUUAUCUUCUGUGACGCUUCUCCUAAAGCAUAUUGUGCAGUUGCUUAUCUACGAGCAUCAUCCGUUGGAUCCACACACGUAUCGUUUCUUAUGGGAAAAACAAGAGUUGCACCAGUUAAAGACCUUACCAUUCCCCGUUCAGAACUCCCUGGAGUUCACCUCGGCUCGGUUCUCGUUAAAACUAUUUUACGAGAAUUAACUUCACUUCCGCCUAGUGAAGUCUACAUUUGGACAGAUUCUUUAAUUGUUCUCUCAUGGCUUAAGACUCAACGCACUCUACCCAUCUUUGUCCGUAAUCGCAUUAACGCAAUCCAAAGCAACAUCAACCAAUCCGACAUCAAAUAUGUACCUACAUUAGACAAUCCAGCCGAUUACGCCACCAAACGAACACCUUCAGUCCAAAGCACACAAAGUAAAUGGCUUGCUGGGCCCUCAUGGAUUUCAUCACCACCAGAAUCCUGGCCCACCCAACCUCAAACUUUACCUUCAGCACCAGAAGACCUUACUGUUGCUACAGAUGCAGUUGUUGAAGAUAAAUUCACCAAUCAUCGAUUUCUCAAGAUUUAG